AUGUCCCUGCUCAGGCCGCAGUCAUUCCUAAGCAACACAAUUAUUACACAUCUAACUCAUGCUCGCCUUCUGUCGACGCAGAAACGUCUGACACUGUCAUAUGAUUUGCACGAGCCUGGCAAAUCAGCAGCCGGCAUCUCCGCACCGGUUUUGUUUCUCCAUGGCCUCUUUGGGUCGAAGAAGAACAAUCGGAGCAUUAGCAAAGUUCUUGCCCGUGACCUCGGGAGGCCGGUGUACGCACUGGACCUUCGCAAUCAUGGAGAAUCACCCCAUGACCGAAACCAUGACUAUGUUCACAUGGCAGAAGAUAUCGCCGGCUUCAUAGACCAACACGGGCUGCACCAGCCGACAAUUAUCGGCCAUUCCAUGGGCGCCAAGGCAGCCAUGGUCCUCGCGCUUCAGUCCCCGGAGAUUGUACAGGACAUUGUUGCUGUCGACAACGCCCCAGUUGAUGCCGUGUUGGAAAGCGCCUUCGGCAAAUACAUCCAAGGCAUGAAGAAAAUCGAAGCUGCGAACGUCACCAGACAGGCCGAGGCCGACCAGAUCCUCAAGGAAUACGAGAGCUCUUUGCCUAUCCGUCAAUUUCUUCUGGGCAACUUGCAUCGGCCGGAGGCUGGUAAACCGGAGCAGAAGUUCCGGGUCCCGCUCGACAUUAUUGGUCGCUCGUUGAACUACAUGGGUGAUUUCCCAUUCAAGGACCCGAACCAGGUUCGCUUUGAGAAGCCUGCGCUGUUCGUCCGUGGAACCAAGAGCAAGUAUGUGCCCGAUGACGUCUUGCCAAUUAUUGGACAAUUCUUCCCCAAGUUUCGUUUGGCAGACAUCGAUGCUGGCCAUUGGGUGAUAUCGGAGAACCCAGAGGCAUUCCGCCAAGCUGUGGUCGAGUUUCUCAAAGGCCCAGAAUAG